AACUCUUACGGGUCGCUUCCGGUGAGGAAACAUGGCCGCGGCCGUUCGGGACUCACGUGUGGGUGCAGGGAAAAAGCUGAAAAAUUCACUGAAGAAGAAGAAGAAGAUGAAAAUGGUAGCCAGGGCAGUAGCUUCGGAGUUGGAAGAUGAGGGCAAAGACGCUCCCAACAGUGGAGGUUCUGUAAGAAGCUGUGGAUCAGAAAAGGAUGACUUUUCUUCGGAUAAUGAAGCAGUGGAAGCUGACAAUGAAGAUGAAGUUGAACCGUGUGGCAAAGGAAAUGAACAUGCAGCUGAAGCUAGUGUUGGAACUAACAUGGGCUGGGCGGAUGCCAUGGCUAAAAUUCUUAACAAAAAAACUCCUAAAAGUAAACCCACUAUUCUGGUCAAAAACAGAGAGCUGGAAAAGGAAAAAGAAAAGUUAAAGCAAGAGAGACUAGAGAAGAGAAAACAGCUUGAUAAGAAGCGGGAAUGGGAAAUGAUGUGCAGAGUAAAGCCAGAUGUUGUCAAAGACAAAGAAACAGAGAGAAAUCUUCAGAGAAUUGCAACAAGAGGUGUGGUACAGUUAUUUAAUGCUGUUCAGAAGCACCAAAAGAAUGUUGAUGAAAAGGUUAAAGAAGCUGGAAGCUCUAUUAGAAAACGUGCUAAGUUGAUAUCGACUGUUUCCAAGAAAGAUUUCAUCAGUGUUCUGAGAGGGAUGGAUGCAAGUACAAGUGAGAAAAGUUCGACUGGAAAGAACUUGAAAGCCAAACAGACUGAAAUGAAAUCAGAAGAGGGCCCUGGAUGGACAAUCUUACGUGAUGAUUUCAUGAUGGGAGCGUGCAUGAAAGACUGGGACAAAGAAAGUGAUGGUGCGGAUAACAGUGAGCCAGGGUCUGGGAGCGACUCGGAUACAUAAAGACUGUAGAGGAAACACAGCAUACAAUCAUUCUCUUUUUCCUAGAAAAAUA